AUGAAGCCAAGCAAACGAAAACUGGGUAUGAUAACACGUGCCGAGCAGAUCGAAUUGACUAGUUUAGCCGCUCACCUUUGCGCUGUACAGGGCCUCAGUCCUGCCAGAGCUGCCAACUUGGCUGCCAAGCAACUCGGCCUCACCGCGAAAGCCCUUACACCGCAUCAACAUCAACAUCAGCAUCAGUAUCAACGCCAACCACAUGUUGGUAGUUCGGUUGCUGGCAUCGACCAAUUUGAUGGUCAUCCGAUUGAGUCUGAGGCUCGACAAAGGCCGAUUGUCGACUCUACUGCACUUGUCGCCGAGACUCGGACCGGCAAAACAGUCACGGCCGGCAAGUCGCGCAGUCUCCCGACUGGACGACAGGCCGACACGGCGGAUCAGGAGACAGCAACUACGGGACGUGGAAAGACGAAUCGGCUGGGACCUGCGGUAUCGGCUUUGCCGAUCGGUGAUGAGCCGCCUGUGAUCGUCAGAAAAGUGCUCUCCGCCACACGUCGACGUCCUCAAGUCGGACUUGCCGAUUCCGCAGCUAGGGAUACUGCCAAGCCGGCAGCUCAACCGGUCGGCUCGGGCACCAUGACGACUGGGCAGGCUAAUGUACGUCGGGCAAAAAUACCCUCUGUAGUUGAGGCUGAAGAGGUGACGAGGACAAAACGGGAUGUUGAUGGUGUUUCGGACGCGAUGAGCCCGUCCGCUUCUGGCGCAGCAGUCCAGGCAUCCGCAGUCAAGCUGAAGACUCGAACCAAGGCUCCUGCCAGCAUCGUUCGCAAGACGGAUUCUGGCCCUGAGGGUUCGGUAAAGCGUUCAGGCCUCAGCGAAAAGCCGAGCGACUCAAGCCAACCGGACAAGCGACCCGAGAGUCGCAAAUCCGUUGAAAAGUCCAAGGUCCAGGUGAGUCAAUGUCCUCGCAUUGGGGCAUGA